CGCGCUCGAUCAUCUUCUAUAUAACUACAAACCCCAUGAAGCAUUCAUAUUGUGCUUAGGUUCCAGGGCUACUUUAAUAAUUAUUCUAUUAGUUCCAAACUCAUUAUUAGUUGUUUACACAGAUCUGAGGGUACUAAUUUGUUUUUCGAAGAUGGCUUUUGGAGAAAACCUUGUGACGCUUGCCAUAUGCAUCGUCUUGGGGACAUUUGCAUCCCAAGCCACAUCUCGCGCAGUCUACAAAGCUUCCAUUGCUGAAAAACAUGAGCAAUGGAUGGCCGAGUAUGGGCGUGUCUACCAAGACAGCGCAGAGAAGGAACGGCGUUUUGCUAUAUUCAAGAAGAAUGUAGAGUUUGUGGAAAAAUUCAACAAUGACGGGGACAAGUCGUACACGUUAAGUGUCAAUCAAUUCUCUGAUACGACUGAUGAAGAAUUCCUCAAACCUCAUACUGGAUACAAAACGCCCAUCCAGUCAAGUUUCACGGCUUCAUCCAAAGAUGAAUCGUUUAUGUACCAAAGGCGCCUGGCCACCGAGCAAAUCCCAGCUAGGAUGGACUGGAGGGAACAUGGAGCUGUGACUCCUAUCAAGAAUCAAUUUUCAUGUGGUGCUUGCUGGACAUUUGCGGCGGUGGCCGCCGUGGAAGGGAUUACAAAAAUCAAAACCGGCAAAUUGGUCUCCUUGUCCGAGCAACAACUUUUGGAAUGUGACGACGAUGGUAGUCGCUGCAAAGAAGGUGACAUAGAAUCAGCUUUUAAAUACAUAAUGAAAAAUAAAGGAAUUGCUACUACAAAAGAGUACCCAUACCUGAGCACUUCUUUAAACCAAACGUUCCAAGCAUGCGACACUCGUAAGGCAGCUCAUCAUGCUGCAACGAUUACUAGCUAUGGUCGAGUGAACAAUGGGUUUUAUGUCAGAGAACGUCCUCUCCUCAAUGCUGUUUCCUUCCAACCGAUCGCGGUUGCCAUCGACGGUAGUGGAAAGGAAUUUAAGAAUUACCCAGGUGGCAUCUUCGAAGGUCCUUGUGGUGAACACCUGAACCAUGCUGUAACAGUUAUUGGGUAUGGGACUGAAAAAGACACCGACUACUGGCUAAUCAAGAAUUCAUGGGGGGAAAAGUGGGGUGAAAAUGGUUACAUGAGAAUUCUAAGAACUAAUGCUCCAGGUGGAGGACUCUGCGGCCUUGCUUUGCUUGCUUAUUAUCCGAUUGUAUGACAAUAUCAAACCUAUCACUAUGAAAGCAGUUCUGUUAUGCUGCGUUGAUGCCAAAGUCAGAGAUGAUGCGGCUAGUAACUUGGUAAAUCACGAUUAUAUUUUGGGGAUAUAUAUUCUCGAUAAAUAUAUAUUUCAGGGAUAUAUAAAUAAACUCUAUUUACAUCGUCCCCUUUCUAUA